AUGGAGAAAGCUGGGAAGAAUAUGACUUCAAAGCAACCUCUUCAGCAAAAUGAGUAUGAACAACAGAGGCUAAUGAGGAUUCAGUCUAACAAGUGUAAAAUGCAAUCUUUGGGUAUAAAACGCAUUACAGCUUCCCUUACAAGUUUAGUAGAUAGCGAAAAAGUAAAGAAAAAGAGAAAGAAGAACCAGAAUGUGAUCGAGGAAGAUAAAGAUUAUAUUCCUACCUCUGGUGAUGAAGAACAGGAUAUGAAUACUUUAGAGGAUGAAUAUGAGAAAGAAAAUGACUUUUCAACGUCAAAACAGAUUCAACGUUGUCCAUCAAAAGGAAUAUCGAAAAGAGGUCAAUUCAUUCCACCGAUGUCUGUGGCAAAAUUUUUGAAUAUGAAUAAAAAACAGCAACAAGCAAUGGUAGGAGAUAAAACAUUUAAUUCACUUUCAAAAGCCAUGAAAGUUCUGGAACAAGCCAUUAGUAAUCAUGAACAAUUGAAUGUUGAUCAAGAAAAUACUGUUUCAAAUGAAGACAUGCAAGAUAUAGAGGGUGAUGCAGAGGAGUUGAAUGGAAAUGCAGGAGGGGUUGAAGUGAAUGACGAUAUUACUAAUGAAGAGGAUCGCCGAACAAGAAUGGACUCUACACCGGAAGAUGAAUCUUCACAUGACGCGAAUGAUGAAAUAGAUGGAGAUAGGAUGCUUGCAUUGGUGGAAGGUGCUGUUAAGGGAAAACGAGGGCCUGUUAAAGGAAAACGAGGGCCUGUUAAAGGAAAACGAGGGCCUGUACGAAAUCGUGCUGUCAUUCCUGUACAAGUCGAAGGCUGGACAGAAAUUAAAUCUGAAAAAAUAGAACAUCUUUGGAGUUGUGUUUUGGAAAAAUGUUCAUUUGACGACCCUGAGUUAAGAAAAGACAGUGUUAUUCAACAUGCAAGAAGAUUGUUUAGAGACAGUAGACAUAAGCUGAAGCACCAAUAUUAUGAUGAUCCGAAAUUGAAAACAAAAGAGGAUCGCGUAAGAAACAAGCCUGAAAAGAUGACUAAAGGAGAUUGGAAAUACUUGGUUGAUUUUUGGAGUGGUGAUAAAUUUAAGGCAAAAAGUGCUAAAGCUACCGAAAGUCGAGCUCAUCAAAAGAUGCCUCACUAUAAUGGGACUAAAAGCUUUGCUCGUGCUAAAGAUGAAUAUGAUUGUUCAAGAGUUGACUUGCUAAUCGAAUCUCGUAAGAGGAAAUCAAAGAAAUCUGUUAAUGCUAUUACCUUAGCUAAUAACAUAAAUGCAGUAUCUGAGAUGAAAAAGUUGACAGAAGAAAGACAACAAGGGCUUAAUACCACACAGAUGAACAAAUAUUUGAGAAGGUGCUUGCCAUCCCGUAUAAAUCUUGCUCAUGAGGUGAUUGAAGUAAGAAAGACAGCUGAGCAAGCAAUUCUAGAAGCUCGAAAAGAUGCUGAAGAUGCUACAAAUGCUAGAGAAGAAGCAAAGCUUGCCAAGAAAGAAGCGGAAAAUGCUAGAGAAGAAGCAAAGCUUGCCAAGAAAGAAGCAGCAGCAGCAAGGGAUGAGAUAGAUCAAAAAAUUGCUGCUAAUAAUAAGUUGUGGGAGAAACGACUUAGAAAUAUACUGCAAGGGGCUGGAUUAUAUGCUUCAGAAAAUAAUGAUCCGGAGAGUACUGGUUCAUCAUCUUGA